AUGACAGAGCGAGUUCACUACAAUCUGCGAGGCCCUCCCUGGUUAGUGGCCCCCCGAGUCUCAUUAGGAGCGCCUGUGACUUGCAGCAAUGCAUCUAUUGCACCGCAUAAAAGGCGAAAGCGCCACCACCAGCAGCAACAACUGCAGCAGCGGCAGCAGCAGCAGCAACAGUGGCUGCUUCGAAAGGUGACGUCUGCUACAGGCUCCUCUGAGCUUACUGGGCGGCACUGCCCGUAUAGCCUGAGGGGAUCUAGACUUUGUCACUGCAGUUCUCGGCGUCUCGGGAAGACAGAGGACAAGCCGCCCGGUGGUGCUGCUGCUGCCGCUGCGCGCAACAGCAGCAGCAGCAGUACCAGCAGCAACAGCUUACGCAGCAGGAGCGACAACAUCACAAUCAGCAGCAGAAGCAGCAGCAGGAGCCAGAGAGGUAGCAGCAACAGUAGCAGUAGUAGUAGUAGCAGCGCCAGCAAGAGCAGCAGCAGCAGGCGGAGCCACGCGAAUACCGCAAACAGCAGCAGCGGGAGCAACAGCGUCGACAGCACGAAACACUGCAGCACUGCCGUCAUCCGUAGGGCCAACAGCAACAACAGCAGCAACGGCAGCAGCACCAGCAGCCGCAGUGCUUCUCCGACCUGUCCCUUGUGCAGAGGCUGCAGCAUAUUUCGUCAUGGCUCACGUCUAGAGAGACGCGAGGCGCUGCUGCAGCUGCACGGUCUGGGAGCCUCGGGAGCCCCUGGCAGCCUUUCCGCAGCUCCUGCGGCUGCAGAUGCCAUGGGGGAUAGCGCGCAUGCCCUUUACAAGCAGAAGCAGCAGCAUCGCGUGGCCUGCAGCAGCAGCACUAGCAGCCCACUAAAGCAGCUGCCGCAGCAGCAGCGAGCGUCAGAACAACGGCGUGAGAUCGAGGCUCUGAGGCGCUGCCUGCUGAGCGGACUUAUGCGCAAAGAGAGACAGCGCUACCGGUGCCCCUUUUGCUGCUGGCAAGAGAACGAAGCAGCAACAGCGGCGGCCGCUGCAGCUGCUAGCGGCGGCAGCACCUGCAGCAGCAGCAGCUGUUGCUUCGUUCCACGCAGAGGCAUGGAAAGCCAGGCCUUGAAAGUGCAGCAGCAGUUGCAGCAGCUGCAAGUAAUUGAUCUGGAAAGCCUCGAUGCGGAACAGCAGCAGCUGUUCUUUUUAAAGAAGGAGCCCUCUCCGCGCAGCAGCAGCAGCAGCAGCAAAAGCGGCAGCAGCACCUUCGACAGCAGCGGGACAGAAGCCCUACGUGUUGUUUGUGAAGGCUUUGACUGUCGCUCUCUCAGCAGCGAGGCCAAAUGGGUGGUGGCAGAGCUGGUGAAGGACGGCUGCUUUAUCAACACGGCCCUGCAGGCAGUUGCUGCAGUGCAGCAGCAGCAGCAGCAGCAGCCUACGGAACAAAUGCAGGGACGAAGUCAAGGAAGGGAGGACUCGCGGCGCCAGCAGGAGCUGGCUGCGGCGAGAAAUGCGUUCGCUGCUGCAUGCGCAGCAGCAGCAGCAGACAUGGAGGCGGAGGCUGUGAGCCAGCAGCUGCUGGAUUUGGGGGCACUGCGGGCGCGGGAAGAAGCAGACAGCAGGAGAGACAGAGAGGCUCAGCAGCAGCAGCAGCAGCUCUUCAGCAGCGCACAGCCUCUCUGGGAGCAGCACGGCUGCCUCUGCUCGUUUCUCGAAGCCGCGAACCCGCCUUUAUUUGAAGCCCUCACUAACAGCAGCAGCAGAAGGAACGGCAGCAGCAACAAAAAAUGCAGAGAUGCAGCAGCGGCCCAGGGCCGCGUGCUGCUGCAGCGGCUUUUCGAUCUGCAGCAACAGCUUCUGCGGAACUACAGCUCUGCUGCGCCCCCUUUCAUUUGCGGGGCUGAUGAGGAGGCCUGGCGCCUUCUGAGGGCCUUACGGUCUGAUGCCUGUGACAGAAAACUGUUAAACAUUCACGACUGUCUUCUUUUGGCCUCGGCGGCCGCAGCUGCUGCAGCUGCGGCUGCAACAGCAGGCGGCCCCGCGGCGGCUGCAGCAGCUGCUGCACCAGCGGCACGCGGCAGGCGCGCGCGCACCAAGGCUCUGCCGCUGCUGCAGCACAGAGACCUGGAGGGGUCUCGAGAUCCCCAGGGGCCUCAAGAAAGCCUUGAGCUCCAGGGGGACUGGGAGCAGCAGCAGUGGCCCCUGAGCCAGCAGCAGCAGGAGGCGCUGCUGCUGCUGCGGCAGCAGGCGUCAGUGCUGUCGGCUGCUGAGCUGCAGGUUGCUCUAGCUAAGGCGUACUUUGAAAACCAAGAGAAGGCCUUGGUCGAGUCCGCUUUCUUUUCUAAUUUGGGGUCCCUUGCAGCGCCAUCGUUACUGCUGCAGCAGCGGCAGGAGCUCCUGUUGCUGCUGGGCUGGUGGUUGCGCCUAAGUGCCUUUCUCUCCAGCACGGCAGCGCAGCUGCAGCAGCUACUGCUGCUGCAGCAGGACACAUUUGAAAACUCCCGCCGCCAAGUGAAGCAGCAAGUGGGCGCUUCAGUCUCACCUGGCCAGCGGUGUGAAUCGCAGCAGCAGCAGGUGGUCUCACUUGCUGAUUUGAUGCUGCGCCCACACCCAACGCGCGGGUCUUCUUUCGUACAGUUGCUGCUGCUGCAUCCCAGGGACAGCACUGCUGCUGCGGCAGUGGCAGCUGCAGCAGAGGAGGCAGGGGCGCAGCUGGAAUCUUCGCCGCAGUCUCAGCAGCACACCGAUAAAGCAACUGCAACAGCAGCAGCGCCUGCAGUAGCGGCAGCAAUGGGAGCUGAAGAAAUCGCAAGCGAUGUGAAGGGGACCUCAAGGAACAGUGAGAACAGAAGCAACAGCAGCAGCAGCACUACGCCGAGAAAAAUGCAAAUGAAGGAGGUCAUCGACCUUUGUAGCAGCAGCAGCAUCAGCCCUAGUAGCUGCAGCCGUAGCAGCUGUGACGAGGUUCAGAUCGACCAGUGCGUCUCUCGGCCUCUUCGGCCGCGCAGCACAGAGGAAACCUCGAAGCACCUGCACGCUGCCUCUCGCCGUCGUCUCCGCAGCAGCAACAGCAGCGACAUUAAGAGCAGCAACUACAGGAGUAGUGGCAGUGCCAGCAGGAGCAGAUUGGAAGCUUUUGCGUGGUGCUUCCCUUGUUCGACAGCUGAACAUUUGGCUGCUCGCCUCCUCAGUGUUUCCUCCGACCCUUUCUUAUUUUCGUCCCUGGACUGCUGUUGCUGUUGGGACGUCCGCCUGCCGGAGCACCCAGGACUGCGGGGCCUCCGCGCGGCCUGCAAGGCCCUUCUUCCCUGGCAGCUGCAGCAGCAGCCGCAGCAGCAGCAGGAGCUAUGUGCCUACGAGGUGUUGUCCCGCCUCUGGCGGCUUACUGCCGACCCGCUGGCUGGGCAGAGCUGUUCGCCUAGGGUGCGGCAGCAAGAGGAGCAAGUAGAGGCGUCGGGGUCACCUGGGGGCUCUCAAGGGGCCUCUGAGGAAAGUGGCUGUUGGACUGUGGGGGAGCUCCCGGCCCUCGUUGCUGCGGGCCUGUGGCUACCAGCGCUAGCGUUUGUGGGGCCCAAACAGCAGCAGCAGCAGCAGCAGCAGAAACCAGAGCAGCAGCAGCGACUUAGAGACCGCACACUGUGGGGAAGGCGGCAGCUGGUGCAUCUUGCCUCCCAGCUGCUGCCCCAGACCUCGAGUGCCGCUAGCAGCGCUCAUGCUUCACCCGACAAACACCCGUACAGCAGCAACGGCAGUAACAGCAGCAGUAGUUGCCCCAGCAGCAAAAGCACCAGCAGCGAGUCAGGUGAGAGUUUGUUUGUUUACCGGUGGCUCCGUGGCGCCAUCAAGGCGGUGGAAGAGGCCACCGAAAUCGCGUUUUUGUCGGAAGCCCCAAAUGAUGCCAAUGAGGAACUCGUAAUAGCAUAA